AUGAACGCCCCGAGCUCCACCGGCUCGAACGUGGCGUCCCCGUACGGGUGCACCACCGUGCUCCCUGCGCCCGCCCGUCAGCCCGCACAACAUAUGGACCAGGGAGUUUACGCACGUCCACCGAUGUAUCCACUCCUCUCGGACCCUCGACGUCCAGCCCGAACUGCGCGGGCCUUCGCGAUCCAAAACGCCGCCGAGGGUGCGACCUUGCUCGGUCACGGCUCUGCCGGUUGUGUACCUUGUGCAGGAGAGAAUGGGGCCUGGUGA